AUGGCAUGUGGGCAGUUUGGUGUUAUGUUGAACAAGCUGAAACCUUAUUUGCUUGUUGUGAGCUUGCAAUUUGGGACUGCAGGGAUGUACAUAAUCAGCAUGGUUACUCUCAACCAUGGCAUGAACCGAUUUGUUCUCAUCGUCUAUCGCAAUGCUGCUGCAGCCCUCUUCCUUGCUCCUUUCGCCUUGGUUCUUGAAAGGACAACGAGACCAAAAAUGACGAUUUCCACCUUUUUGCACAUAAUGGUGCUGGGAUUCCUAGAGCCAAUUGUUGAUCAGGGGUUUACAUACUUGGGGAUGAAAUAUACAUCGGCAUCAUUUACAUCUGCUAUCAUGAACGCCGUCCCGUCUGUUACCUUUGUUAUCGCAGUUAUUUUUCGGGUAGAAAGUGUAAAGAUGAAAGAGGUACGCAGUCAAGCCAAGGUGAUAGGAACCCUAGUAACUUUUGCUGGCGCCUUGCUGAUGACAGUGUACAAAGGCCCUGUCGUUGACCUCCUAUGGUCACACAAAACCAGCAGCCACAGCAGCACCACUACAUCCUCCGACCAACACUGGGUAACCGGGACACUCUUCAUCCUCAUAGGUUGUGUUGCUUGGUCCUGUUUCUACGUAUUGCAAUCCAUAACAGUGAAGAAAUACCCUGCAAACAUCUCACUUUCCUGCUUGAUAUGCUUGGUGGGAGCGUUGCAAGGUGCAGCCGUGGCAGUUACUGUUGAACGUAGUGCUAGUGCGUGGGCGGUCGGCUGGGAUUCGAGGCUCCUAGCGCCUCUCUACUCGGGAAUAAUUGGCUCUGGAAUUACUUACUACGUGCAAGGCUUGGUGAUGAAGACUAGAGGCCCGGUUUUCGUAACAGCUUUCAACCCUCUCUGCAUGAUCAUCGUCUCUAUUCUGGGUUCCAUUAUUCUAGCUGAGAAACUUCACUUUGGCAGUAUAAUUGGAGGCGUGAUCAUCGUGCUUGGCCUUUAUUCUGUGGUGUGGGGUAAAAGCAAGGAUUAUUGUAAAAGCUCAGCAGUGCCAUCCAGUCCUGCUAUGAAGGAUGAAGCUCACGAAUUGCCAAUUUCUAGUGGAAGUGCUAUCAAUGGGACUAAAUUGGUCAUUGACAAAAAUGGCAGCGACCAGCCAUCCCAAAUGCAAUAUAUGACGGUCCAAAAAUAA